AUGAGUUCCAGCAAUCAAACUUUCGUCCUGGGGGUGGGCAUGACCCAGUUCCUUUCCCCGCGUGGGACAAGAAACUACCCUGAGCUGGGUUUCGAAGCAGGUGUUAAGGCUAUGCUCGACGCGCAGAUCACUUACGAUGAUGUCGAGACUGGGAUCGCCUGUUACUGCCAUGGGGACUCCUGCUACGGCCAGCGCAUCUUUUACCAGUUCGGGUUGACAUCCAUUCCCAUUUUCAAUACGAACAAUGCGUGCGCCACUGGUUCCACGGGGCUUUUUCUCGCCCGAACACUGAUUCAACGCGGGGCUGCCGACUGCGUUUUGGUCGUUGGUUUCGAACAGAUGCGGCCCGGUUCGAUCAAGAGUGUCUGGGAUGACCGCCCCCACCCUGUUGCACCCUUACAAUCGAUCAUGGAGAAGGAAUUUGGAAAGCAUUCCAGUCCACGGAAUGCCCAAUUUUUCGGCAACGCUGGAACCGAGUAUAUGAGAAGAUACGGUGCCCAAAAUGAAGACUUUGCUGAAAUCGCACGCGUCUCGCAUGAACACUCUACUCGCAAUCCAUAUGCUCAGUUCCGCACGGAAUAUUCAUUGGAGGGGAUCAUGAACUCCAAACAUAUCCAUGGUCCAUUGACAAAACUGCAGUGCAGUCCCACAAGUGAUGGCGCUGCGGCAGCGGUGCUUGUUUCAGAGAAGUUUCUCGAAGCUCGACCUCAUUUGAAGUCGCAAGCAAUUUUAAUGGCCGGCCAGGCAAUGCAGACCGACCCAGUCUCCACAUACUCCGGCAGUGCCAUGGACCUUGUGGGCUUUCAGAUGACGCAAAGGGCAGUCAAAGCCGCCCUGGAAGAAGCACGUCUGACGCCCCAAGAUGUCAAGGUGUGCGAGCUUCACGACUGCUUUUCCGCCAACGAGAUGAUCCUUCUAGACGCAUUAGGUUUCAGUGGCACCGGAAAGGCGCAUGAAAUGGUCCGUCGUGGAGACAUCACCUACGGUGGUAAAGGGCCUGUGAUCAAUCCAUCAGGAGGGUUGAUCUCAAAGGGCCACCCCCUGGGGGCAACUGGGCUGGCGCAGUGUACGGAGCUGGUAUGGCAGUUGCGCGGCUGGGCGAACAAUCGUCUGGUUGACGGAGCUGAUGUUGCCCUGCAACACAAUCUGGGACUUGGUGGGGCUGUUAUUGUGACCGUAUAUAAACGAAUGGAUGGAGGAAAGGCUGAACGGAUUUCCGAUGAAGAGGUCAAGAGAAUGUCUCCCCUAACGGGUUACAACCCAGCAGUGGAAGCGAGAUACAUCACUCCUGAACAGAGCGAUCGGGUCCGCAGCAGGGUGAACCGUGAUGACCAUGUUUUAGCAAACACCGCUGCACCGCUCACCGCUCGGAUUUGA